AUGACAACGUUUGGCCUCAGCAAACCGAGCAGUCGCUCGGGCAACAAGAUCACCAAGGCGAAGGGAAAGAUGGCGGUCAAGCCGAUUCUCAAGAAGCUGUCGCACGCAUCAGAGCCCAGGAAUUCAGUGGAUCUGGAUCGCGGGUGGGAUGAGCAGCCGGUGGAGCAGCUGAGGAGUAGUGAAUGGGACUCGAGUGACUAUGGAAACCAGAAUGCAGGAGGAUAUCUAUAUGGCGGCUAUACGGGCUACUAUGGCCAGGCGCGAGACGUGAGCUUUGGUCUGAUGCGCGCGUCGACAGACGGGGCAGUGGCCACUGGGGGAGGCAGCUUCCGGGCGUCGAAGCUGCACCAUAGCCAUCAUCAUAUCCACCACGGCCGUUCUGGCUCGCAGACUUCGACCGGGAGCGGUACUCGCGGCGGCUUCGUCCAUCCUUUUGCUCAGACUCCUCGCACUUCGACCCCUCCAGCGUCAUAUGCCAACUCGGUCGCUUCGAUUGAGCAGCAACAAUCACAGUCUCAACAACAACAACAACAACAACAACAACAACAACAACAACAACAACAACAACAACAACAACAACAACAACAACAACAACAACAACAACAGCGCACCGGCGGCUGCUCCCCGACCAUCAGCGAAACCGAGGACGGUGACACCUUUGACGCCAGUCAGACGACCUCCUGUCAAGUACCUGCGUCAUCCACUCUUCAUUCUUCUUCCGCUGUGUCGUCGCCUACCACUCCCACGAGCAUAAGGCGACCGACCGCAUACACCCAGCGCACCUAUUCGUCACCCACUCUCCCCGACUUUUCCUCUCACCAUCACCAUCACCAUCACCCAAAACCUCCGACUCUGCGAAUCAACACCAGUCGCUCCAUCUCCGGAGUCGCGACAACAACCCCUUCUCGCCACGUCUUUUCCUCAACCUCUCACACCGACCUCGGCGCCAGCACAACAGGCGCCCCAACCACCGCAACCACAACCGCCAUCGACUCUCCCACCGGCUCAAUCGGCGGCAAUCCCGGGACAACCACUCCCCUAACAAGUCCCCUCCCACCACCUUCCCAAGAGCUCACAACCAAAGAAAAACCGACCUCCCCUCUACGCACCUCCCUCGAAAUGGCGGCCUCAUCCUUCCCUCGUCUCCGCCAUCGCCCCUCCGACCUGGUCGACACCACGACGCUGCACGAAAAUAUUCGUGCCGCGCGCCGCAAGUUUGAGGAGAAAGAGCGUGCCGAGCAGGAAAAGUACGACCGCGAACAGAUCCGCAAGCGCGAGCGGCGCGAGAACAAACAGGCGAGGCAGAUAGAGAAGGGCGAGGAUCCCGAGGUGGUGGCGAAGAAGAAGCUGAGGAAGGAGGAGCAGAAGGCCAAGGGGUCGUCCCCCGCGAGCGUGCUUAACGGCGUCGUCGCGCCGCUUUUUGGCGGGAAGAAGGCUGCUAGCUUUAGCGGCAACCCGUCGCCCCUCCCGGGUAGUGCACAGGGGAUGACGUUCAAGUCGGCUUCUGCGCCCGCGAGCGGGUUCGCCUCGUCGAGGAGGAGCUCUCGGCGGUCGGCGGAUUUGCUGGCUGAGGAGCGCGAGAAGUUUGCUAGUCGGAAGUAUGAAAGCGCGCCGGUGGGCGACGAGCCGCUUGCUUUUGGGGCUGCGCCGGCUCUUGGUAAUGCUAGCGGUACUGGUGUGGAGGAUGUAAAAUUCAAGAAGGCACAUCGUCGUCGGCGUGGGAGUAGUGCCAAGCGCAAGACGCAGAGUUAUUGGCAUGGGUUUUUGCUUUGGUUGAGGACGAAGUUAUUCCGGUUUAGUCGGCACAUCUGA